CCUCCGUUGGCUUCUUCUCGCAGCCCGAGAAUUCUCAUCUCAUCGCAGAACCCCAGUGUUCAGCUGAGUGUCGCAGACGGCGCAUGCGUCUUUCUCACUCUUCCUACGGUACUUCUUCCUCUUGUCCGGACAUACGGUGAUCCUGUGCGAAAAAUUCACGGGAGGGACACUAUCACAAUUGUGUGGUGCAAAAAAUAAAGCGUGUACAAAAAGUGAGAUAAAUCUCAUGAUAAAUUUCAGAAAUAUUCAUCUCCAAGUGAACCCUUGGAGACCUCUGCCGGUGCUUUGAAAGCAUAUCAAUCGAAAGGACGAAAUAUCGUGUAUAAUGGAAAACGGUCUAUACCGCGAAAACGAUUCUCAAUUAUUUUAAAAUACCAUAAACAGUUCCGUCUGAGUUAUAACCGUGUUAUCCUUUCAACCUAAAUUUAUUACAUCGAUUGACUGUGGUGUUUCCUGAACCUCUUCUAUCCUUCGCCGUGAAAAUCUAAUGAAGAGAUCGUUUCUGGUGUUUUAUUGACUGGGACCAGUGUUUCGAAGACAGUGCCCUAAAGUGGAAUGUAUCCAUCAGCACAGGCGCAGAGACAAAUAUAAAUAAUCCCUUAUCGAUGAAGAAUCUCUAAAUGACACACACGGUACUCUAAAUUGCUUCUUAUCACUACGAUACAUCUUAGCUUCGGGGAGUGAAGAAGAUUCGACUUUUUGGCCUUUUCGAGUGACAUAAAAAAAGGAAUCUUGCAGGCGGCUACAGAAAAGAAGGAAGAAGACAAAAACGACGAUAAAAAUAUUCUAAUAAAUGUCAUCUAUUCUCUUGAGCCUUCUAAAUAAUUGUCCAUGAAGAUUUUUUUUUUAAAUACAGAGGCUUGGAAACUGUGAAAGUGGUGAAACCAAGACUUAACCUCUUGAUAUCUUUAAGGUUGUCAACAGUAUACCGGCGUCUUUGAUGGACCCUUAAAUCGAAAGGGUUGUAGCACUUCUUUAAAUAUUAUCCUAUCAAGAAGCAACGUUUGUUUAAAAACUGUGAAAGUGGUGAAACCAAGAUUAAAACUCUUGAAACUUUUAAGGUUGUAAUCAAUGUACCGGCGUCUUUAACGGACCCUUGAACCGAAAGGAUUGUUUGUAACAACGCUUCCCUCAAAACGGUGAAAGUGGUCAAACCAAGACUGACACCUAUUAGACCUAGGGUUGCAACCGGUAUAUUCCGAACUCUAAAACCGAUAGAGUUCUAAAAUAUCCUUAAACUUCGUUCAACGAAGAAAGCCUAGUAGCUUGUAAACCAAGGACAAAGAAAAUCUAAAGCUACCUUUAGAGCUUCCGUAUAAGAACCUAAUAAGACUUGGGUCCAACGACGAAACCUCAAAGUGUUCAGUGUGUUUAAAAGUGUUUAUUGUGCGUCUCCUCAAUUCCCAGGUGAAGAUAAUUUUUGCCUGUGAAUUCUCACAACUUUGUCUUUUUUCCGGCAUAUUUAGCCGUUUUCCCUCGGUGGCAGUGUGGAAAAAUUCUUAAGAGUCACACUGCGUUCCAAGACGUAGAAUUUGAAUGGUGUGUCUUUUGUAAAGUGUUGUGCCUUUGCACGCAAUGAUGCAUUGAUGAUUUCCUUGAGUGCGAACUGUGCGUGCUAGAGAUCUUGUGUGGCGAAAUUUUACCUCUUGAGAAAGGGGUGCCCUUCACACGGGCUCCGUUGACAACGAUAAGCGGCACAACGAUUGAGGCGCUUAUGGGCGUCUGCAAUGAGGAGCGCCCUGUAAUGCAUUGGCAGCAGAGCGCAAGAUUCUUUGGGCCGACGAGGGAACGAAGUCCCACACUUCCAACACCCGUGAUAGGUGGUCAAUGUACAAAUAGGAACAACAACCAUCCACUCCAUAGACCCUGUGCAUCCUGCCUGGAGCCCUGCGAGCACAUUGGGAAGCCCUUUGGACCAAACACAGUCUAUCCAGACUCAUGUCGCAGCAACUACAAAUCCCCAGAGCACGGUGGUCUGUUCGAAGACGCCUCCCUGAGUUACACAGACUUGCCCAAAGAAUGCCUGGAACGCACAAGUGUGCCAACUGGGAGCGGUGGUGGAGCCAGCGCAGGAUCCACAACCAUUUCCGACCAGUAUCUGCAGCUGAAAGCGGAACCAUCCGCUCCCAGCAGUCCAGAAUCCUCCUCCGAUGUUCCCUCCUCCAAUCCUGACGACUGCGCCGGAUGUGGUCAGCUGAUACAGGAUCGAUUUUAUUUGUCGGCGGUGGAAAAGCGAUGGCACGCUGGAUGCCUUCAGUGCUGCAUGUGUCGUCAACUCCUCGAAGGCGAAACUUCCUGCUACUCUCGAGAUGAGAAUAUCUACUGCAAAACAGAUUACUACAGAGUAUUUGGUACAAGACGAUGCUCCCGAUGCAUGGCCACGAUCAGUUCGUCGGAAUUGGUGAUGAGAGCCCGUCAUCUUGUCUUUCACGUGAGAUGCUUCUCCUGUGCCGUGUGCAAUACACCCCUCACGAAGGGGGACCACUUUGGGAUGAGGGAGUCGACAGUACUGUGUCGACUACACUAUGAGAUUUCCUUGGAAACCGAAGCACUUCCAACCACAACACCAAUGACCAUGGCUUGCCAGCAUCCCCAACCAUUUGGUACGUCUCCCCUUGGACCACCUAGUCCCAACGAUGGCGCCACAAAACUCGGACCCUCGGGCUUCUUUGGCGGAUCACAACACAACCUCAAUGCAGCCUUGGCUCAGCCACCGCGACAAAAGGGGCGCCCCAGGAAGAGGAAGCCCAAGGACAUCGAGGCCAUGACAGCCAAUUUAGAUCUCAAUUCGGAAUACUUGGACUUGAGUUACGGCCGAGGUGGUCCGGGUGGCCUGAAUGCAUCUUCGCGGACGAAGAGGAUGCGUACGUCCUUCAAGCACCACCAAUUGCGCACCAUGAAAUCCUACUUUGCCAUCAAUCACAAUCCGGACGCCAAGGACCUCAAGCAGCUGUCCCAGAAAACUGGACUGCCGAAGAGGGUGCUUCAGGUCUGGUUCCAAAAUGCCCGAGCGAAGUGGAGACGGAUGAUGAUGAAGCAGGAGGGUAAGGGUGGAGGUGGCGACAAAGGUGAUAUCUCUCUGGACUUGGACAGCUAUAGUUCACACAGUCCAUCCUUCAUGCUCGGUGGUCCACACAGUCCUCAUUCGAUCGACUGAAACGUACUAAAUUCUUUCCUAAAUCCCCGACGUCUUUUGUACAUGAUUUCAAUUUAGAAUGUUGUCUAGUUUUAAAAGUAAAUGAAAAAGAACCCGUAGCUUUAGACAGUGAAAAUUCUCUUUGGAAUAUUCCCUGGAUCACACUCCUAUUAAAAUAUAAUUGAGGAAUUUUCUCAUCUCUAUGAGAGUUCUUAGCAUAAAAGAUGAAUCUUCUGUGGGUGCCAAGAAGUUUGGAGGUAAAACUAAAAUUGAGAACAUCUUUCAGCACAAAAUCCUCCAAAUUUCUUACCUCCUAGUAGAAUAUUAACUUUGAAGUACAUCUUGGAGCAAGGAUGUUAUACAAACUUGCCAUUUCAAUCCAGUUUAACUAAGGAUGACAGGUGUAGUUUAUACGUAGGCUACUCCAUGUUAGUUUCAAGAAAACUUCAGUAAAUUCAAAACUCAGAUUGACUCUUUGUACAUAAGUGCUGAUUGAGAGUAUGAAGAAGACCACGAUAUUGACAAGAAAAUAGAUAAAAUUUGUGUACACAUAGAAACUUUAUAUGAAAAAAUUCAAAGUUUUCAUACUCAAAACAAUAUCAUUUUUCUUCUAAAAUGUGCUCUUAUUUUUCAACAAAAAAAACACCAUUUUCUUAGUGAUUUUUUAAAGUAAUUUUAUGAGUUUUGUCUAAUUUUAAAAAUUAAUCAAUAAUUUAUAUACGAGAAACUUGUAGCUUCUUAACUUAAACAAAAUUGCAUGAUAUUUAUGUAAUUUGUAAUUGUAAGUAGACAAAAGAUUGAAAAUAAUGGAGAAUAAGUAAAAGAAAUAAAGAAAGGUAUUGAGAAAGAUCA